AUGCAUUCCCUAAUUUGGACUGGAAGAGUUUUAUCUCGUGCUUUGUGGAGCAGCAUCACUAAUGAUACUCAUGCUCUUGAAUCUAAUGUGAAUAGAAAACGUGAUUCUCAUUUAGUUUCCGCAGUUUGCGGGUUCCCUAAAGAUUUUUUUUUUUCAGCAUUAAGAAAAGGGAAAUUUGGUGAUGACGCUUGGUUUUCGGCAAAAUAUAAAACUGCUGAUGUCAUAGGUGUUGCAGAUGGUGUGGGAGGAUGGAGGCAGUACGGAAUAGAUGCUGGAGAAUUUUCAUCUUUUCUAAUGCAAACCUGCGAACGGCUCGUUACGAAGGGAAGGUUUUUACCCACGGAUCCGGCAGAUCUUUUAGCCAAAAGUUAUUACGAAUUAUUUGAAACGAAACAAGCCGUUUUAGGAAGUAGCACGGCUUGCAUAGUUAUUUUAAAUAAAGAAAACAGCAUGAUUUACACGGCGAACAUUGGCGACAGCGGUUUUGUAAUUGUUCGACAGGGACAAGUCGUACACCGUUCCGAAGAGCAACUUCAUUAUUUCAACACUCCUUUUCAACUUUCGUUGCCUCCGCCCGAUUACGACGUCGUUUUAAACGACAGGCCGGAAUCAGCGGAUCAGUCAAAUUUUCCCGUAGAAGAUGGCGACGUGAUAUUAGUUGCCACGGAUGGAGUUUUCGAUAACGUUCCCGAUUCGAUUUUAAUCACAGAACUAGUCAAACUUCAAGGGGAGAAAGAUCCGAUAAAAAUCCAAUGCGUAGCCAAUACAAUAGCGUGGAUGGCGAGGAAUUUAGCCUUCGACAGUAGUUACAUGUCUCCGUUCGCCAUCAACGCGAGAAAGAACGGAAUAGACGUUAAAGGUUGGGGGAAACCGGACGACAUAACAGUGUUACUUGCAACGGUUGCUAUAUGA